GUUUGCAAUCUCACAGAAAUGGCUAAGACUGAUCAAAACCGUUAUCGUUUAGUGUGCUUUAUUGUUUCCGUUGCUCUCAACGUCUUUCUUAUAGCUAAUUUGUGCAUCAGUAGGAAGCCCUUAAGUUGGAGCACAACGGCGGCAGCAGAAGCAGAAGCUGUGGCGUCCAUUUCUUGCUCGGGCCAUGGUCGAGCAUUUCUGGAUGGAUUGAUUGAAAACGGCAAACCUGUCUGCGAGUGCAAUGCAUGCUAUGGCGGCCCUGAUUGCUCUCAACUUUUACCAAACUGUGUUGCAGAUGCAGACAGCGGGGAUCCAUUAUUCUUGGAGCCCUUCUGGUUGAAAAAUUCAGGCAGAAGCACUGUCGUGAUUCCGGGAUGGCACAGAAUGAGCUACGACUAUUCGGAUAAUUCUUACAUUUCACAAGAACUGGAAAAGAACAUUCGAAAGCUACAUGCCAUCACCAAGAAUGCAGUCACAGAUGGAAGAUACAUUGUUUUUGGAGCUGGCUCAACCCAACUCCUCAACGCUGCAGUUUACGCCCUUUCCAUGAAUAUGUCCUCACCUGCCAAAGUCGUUGCAGAAAAGCCUUUCUAUCCGGUUUAUAAAGAACAAACAGAAUUCUUCAAAGCAAAGCUGUUUGAGUUUCAUGGAGAUGCAUCCUUAUUGAGAAACGGUACUUCAAAUACUAUUGAAAAUGUGAUUGAGUUUGUAGCUUCGCCAAAUAAUCCAGACGGCAACUUAAAGAAAGCUGUCUUAGAAGGCCCUUCUGUGAAAACUAUUCAUGACUAUGCUUAUUAUUGGCCGCAUUACACCGCAAUUCCAGCCCCAGCCGAUGAAGACCUAAUGAUUUUUACAAUGUCCAAGUUAACUGGCCAUGCUGGGAGUAGAUUCGGAUGGGCUAUAGUGAAAGACAAGGAUGUAUACGAAAACAUGCUGAAAUAUAAGUCAUUGGCUGAUUCCGGCACAUCAAAGGACACUCAACUAAGAGCAUUAAAGCUCAUCAAGGUAGUUCUUGAAGAUGGUGGCCAAGGAAUUUUCAACUUCGCAUACAAAACAAUGAGAGGUCGAUGGACAAAACUAAACCACGUCUUGUCGUUGUCAAAGCGUUUCAAACUCCAAGAAAUCCCACCUUCGUUCUGCAAAUAUUCCCAAACAGUGAGAGGAGCAUCUCCAGCUUUCGCAUGGCUGAAAUGCGCCAAGGAAGAAGAUUCAAAUUGCCACAAAGUACUCCAUCAUGAAGCAAACAUCCUAGGCCGCGAGGGUGGCUCAUUUAAUGCAGAGGAUCGUUAUGUCCGUCUUAGCCUUGUGAAGAGUGCUGAUGACUUUAACUUACUAUUGGAUCGUCUGAAAGAGCUAGUAUCCAUGGAAGAGCAGAACCAAACUCUACGGAGCUCUUAAUUAGUUUUUAGACUAUGAAAUUUUGCAAGCAGUUAGUGUUGAGUCAAAUGUAUAUAUGAAGUUUCUUAGACUUCAUCAGAGAUAUAUAUUCUAUCAUACAGAUAGGGAAAACUAUUCGAAAAUCUGUUAGAGCACUAAAAGUAAGCAAUUUCGUAAGUUACUGGACCUAAAUAAAAAUGAACAUAGUUAUCGGACUAAACUUAAAAUUAGGCAUACUUAGCGGAUUA